GACCCUCCCUUACAGCCUGUGAGAUCAUCACACUUUUAAUUAGACCGGAUCUGUCAAUUAACAGGAAGUCAGCUGGUAUCUGUCAGCCCUUUAAAAGCAGCAGCAGUCAAACCUUUGGCAGGACCCUGACGAGAGGCUCAAACGAGAUUUUGGGAUGUCGUCCGCUGUGCUUUGUGCUGUUACUUUACUGGCUUGUGCCUUGACAUUCAGUGCUGCUCAGAUGAGCUGCAAAGGACGAUGUGGGACUGAGUACUACAGGGGUUUCAUGUGCCAGUGUGAUUAUGGCUGCCUGUCCUAUGGAGAGUGCUGCCAAGACUAUGAAUCUCAGUGCACCACGGAAAACUCGUGUAAAGGGCGUUGUGGAGAAGCCUUCAAAAGAGGUCGUCGGUGUAGCUGCGACCCCGAUUGUGUGAAGUUCAAACAGUGUUGUUCAGAUUUCAAGAUGCACUGCGAUGAGGAAGAAAUCAGUGGAGCAGCCAGUGCUACAGAACCAGUGAAGACUAAUUCAUGCCAUAAUGUAAAUGAUAACAAACCCAAAGAGCCAACUCUGAAUGAAGCAACAGAGCAGGAUUCUGCAUUCAGUGAGGGAAACAAUGCAGAUGAUCAUCUAAUUCCGUUGGUCAGUCCAACAACAUAUGCACAAGAUGAGCUCAGUGAUGAUGUGUAUGGCCAGAUUUUUCCCAAUGGAGUGGAGGACCCGGAGGCAAGUCCGAUUCCAGAGAGCACCAGCGGCUAUGGAUCGUACACAGCUGAGCUGGAUCAAAUCCCUGCUGAACCCACGCAGGCUUCAGACACUGUGGACUUCAGUAAAGACACAACUCUCUCAGAUAAUGAGACAACACAAGCCACUGACAGCUCCUCCACCCCUUUCCCCACCCCUGGAGAAGCCCUCGAUGGGGGCACAGAUGCCGAUGAUCAGACCAGCACAUCCGACUUGGGAACAACUCCGCCUCAGCCCACAACAGCAGCUGAUGGUGUGUCCAGCCAGCCUACUCUGAUGUCAGUAACCCAAGCAGGGCAUUCUUCUACAGCUAGCGACCCGGAGAUUGAGAUGGUUGGGCAGGAAGAAAAACAGCCCGAGGGUGACAUUGUUCCCGAGGCACAGAGUACAGAUCCGAAUGUAGCCUCCUCUGAUGUGCCGAAAGCAACAGUGACCAACCCAUCUGUGACUUCAGCAUCCACACUGGGCUCCUCCACAGUCCUGGAGAACUCUCAGGAGGCCACCACCCCUGCCUCAUCAAUGCAGAACCCAACACCCAUCCCAGAGGCAACCACAGCAAACCCUCCCCUCCCAGACCUCAAAGAUCCUUCCAUCAGUGAAGGGUCCGGGAACUUGCAAGAGCCUAAUGCCCUGACAACUCACAUCCCUCGAUCCACGGAUGCAGUGACGGACGACACUACAGACGGCGUUCCACCUGAAGCAACCACCGCUGAUCCGCUGAAUGUCACACCAGGCCCGACCAAGCCAACAUCAUCCGAAGCAACCCCAAAACCCCAGAACAAACCUAAGCCACCACCAGCUAAACCAGCUCCGACUAAACCCAGCUCCAAACCUGAGACCAAGCCUCUGGACACCUCACAAACUCUCAACAUAGAUGAUCCCAGAGACUACCAAGCAGAUGACAGCAAUGAUACAAAUCUGUGUAGCGGGCGACCGGUCGGUGCAGUCACUACGCUGAGGAACGGCACCAUUGUGGUUUUCAGAGGACACUACUUCUGGUUUCUGGACAGAAACAUGGUCCCUGGUCCAGCCCGUGGGAUCACACAAGUCUGGGGUGUCCCUUCCCCCAUUGACACCGUGUUCACCCGCUGCAGCUGCCAGGGCAAGACAUACAUUUUAAAGGGAACCCAGUAUUGGAGAUUUGAAAAUGAUGUUUUGGACCCUGGCUAUCCAAAGGUCAUUGAAACAGGCUUUGAUGGGCUUCGGGGUCACAUCACAGCUGCUCUGUCUGUGCCUCAGUACCAGAGGAGGAGAGAGUCAGUUUAUUUCUUCAAGAGAGGAGGAUCGGUCCAGAAAUAUUCAUACCAGUUCGGCACAACUCCAACAUGUGGCAGGAAACCCCAGUACGCCGUUUACACGGUCCGCAACCGAAUGGCUCGACAAGCAGAGUCUCCUCUGGGGCCAGUGAUCAACAUCAGGAGAGCUUGGAGAGGUUUCCCCUCCACCAUCACAGCCGCUGUGUCCAUCCCGAGCAACAGAGAACCAGAGGGAUACAAAUACUACGUCUUCUCAAGAUCCAAAUCCUACAAUGUGAGGAUGGACGGCGAGCGUCCCGUCAUCGCUGCUCCUACAGCCAGCGCGUCGCCUCAGAGCAACAACUUCUUCAAAUGCCCAAAGAAAGUCUGAUUAAAUAAACUUGUGUUUUUCCUAUAGUUUAAAUGUUUAUUACAUUCCUCAUUAAAAUGCACAGCUUCAGCAUGGACUGAUUUCAAAGGGUACUUUACAAGCGCCUUAAAAAUCAAAAAUAAAAACAACAAACAAACAAACAAAAAAAAAAACAGGCUUCAGAGGAAGUGAACAUUAUCAAAGCUCUGAUUGGGAAAUGUGUUUCUGAAAGUUGGUCAAGUUUUCACAUUUAGUGCUUCAUCUCGCAAAUCGUCUCCCUUGUACGCCCCGAGAAGGAAAUCCCUGCCCUGUUGAGAAAAUUAAUUAACAAUUAAUUAUAAAAACAAGGCCUGCUAUACUGAUGUGUAAAUCCUGUACAGUGGCUAUAUGUGUAUGAGAUGUAAAAGAAUGAUAGUGUUUCCUGCGAUGUUAUUCUUGUCCACACUGAAUUGAAUUAUAAGACACCAACAUGUAUGAAAUGCUAUGACUGUCAAAUGCCAAGAAACAUGUUGCACUGCAAUUAGCGAAUAAGGAGACAUGAACAUCUCCUGUUUUUCAGGCACAACUUACAAAAAUAUACUGCAGAAGAGCAAUAACAUAUUAUUUUAUUGUUCAGAUUUUCUUUUUAUAAGUCUGUGACUGCAGAUCUGUAAUUUUAUAUCUGAUUCACAAUAAACAUUGCAGUACUGUUUUAAACGUAUGUGUGUAAACCUGCUGCUUAUUUAAAGAUGCUAAGAUAACCAUUCACUUGAAAUAAACUUUAUGUUGUGC